UCAAAAAAUUGAACUAGAAAUUAAUAUUUUGAUUACUUUCAAGAGAAUCAUUGUGUAAAAAUGCCAUAUGCCAAUCAACCGAUUAUAAGAAUCAGUGAACUGACUGAUGAGAAUUUAAAGUUUGUUGUUGAGAACACAGAUCUCAGCAUGGCAAAUGCUUUGCGGAGAAUAUUUAUGGCGGAAACACCUACUAUUGCUAUCGACUGGGUCCAAAUUGAAAAUAAUACAUCUGUUCUUCAUGAUGAAUUUAUUGCACACAGAUUAGGUCUAAUUCCCUUAACCAGUGAUGAAUUUGUUGAUGGAAUGAAUUAUUGUAGGGAUUGUAUAUGUGAAGAAUUUUGUGAUGAAUGUUCAGUUGAGUUAACAUUAGAUGUAAAAUGUAUUGAUGAACAAACACGUCAUGUGACAACGCGUGAUCUGGUCUCCUCAAAUCCAAAAGUUCUCCCGGCAACAUCAAGAGAUCAAGAUUCUGAAGCUGGUGAUGAGAAAGAUAUCCUGAUAGUGAAACUUCGUAAAGGGCAGGAAUUAAAGUUGCAUGCUUUUGCAAAGAAAGGUUUUGCAAAGGAGCAUGCAAAAUGGAAUCCAACAGCUGGUGUUGCAUUUGAAUAUGACCCUGAUAAUGCUUUAAGACAUACAACCUAUCCCAAAGUGGAAGAAUGGCCAAAAAGUGAUUUCACUCAACUGGAAGAAGAUGAAUAUCAAGCACCAUUUGAUCCACUGGGAAAAGCUGACAAGUUUUUUAUCAAUGUGGAGAGUUGUGGGUCACUUCGACCAGAAAACAUUGUUUUAUCUGGAUUGUCAAUCUUGAAGAAGAAACUAAGUGAUCUUCAAACACAACACAGCCAUGAAAUUGCUGCUGAUGCACUGACCAUUACACACGGUGACGGUUAAUAUUAUUUAUUGCCUAUGUGUGAAGUUCGGAUGUCAAAAACCUUGUGUGGCAUGAAUUCGGUGGGGACAAAUUAUUAUCUGCAGAAGAUGCUGCUGUCCUAAUAUGUCAGUAGAGUACCGUAUUCACCAUAAACUAGGAAUGAACCUGCAAGGAAG